GUUUGUGUUUUGGUUCUAAGGGGAAGUUGCGAGAAGAAAGAAAGGAGGAGACGUGACGGGAUUGUUGAAAUUUUCUUGGUUUCCCCAGCACCACCUCAGCACAGUGUCCCGGGUACCUUGUGUAAAUACUACGGCGGCGGUAUUUAAAGUUCAAAACAUCGUCUGGCUCUCAGCAGAAGUCCUGAUAGUGAGGUUUAGCACACAGGACACCGGGGGAUCUGACUAGGUCAUGGCCAAUCGGGGAGGAGCUACGAGACCCAAUGGACCCAAUGCAGGGAACAAGAUCUGUCAGUUUAAGCUGGUGCUGUUGGGGGAGUCAGCUGUUGGAAAGUCCAGCUUAGUGCUUCGCUUCGUCAAGGGCCAGUUCCAUGAAUUCCAGGAGAGCACAAUUGGAGCGGCCUUUCUCACCCAGACAGUGUGUCUAGAUGACACAACAGUGAAGUUUGAAAUCUGGGACACUGCAGGUCAGGAGCGUUACCACAGUUUGGCACCUAUGUACUACAGAGGAGCACAGGCUGCCAUUGUGGUCUAUGACAUCACAAACGAGGAGUCCUUUGCUCGGGCAAAGAACUGGGUGAAGGAGCUGCAGAGACAAGCUAGCCCUAAUAUAGUCAUCGCUCUGUCAGGCAACAAAGCUGACCUAGCCAACAAGAGAGCUGUCGACUUCCAGGAUGCCCAGUCCUACGCAGAUGACAACAGCUUACUUUUCAUGGAGACGUCGGCUAAGACAUCUAUGAAUGUGAAUGAGAUAUUUAUGGCUAUUGCAAAGAGAUUGCCGAAGAGUGAGCCUCAGGCUGCAGGAGCCAACAGUGGGCGGAACCGGGGAGUGGACCUGACAGAAGCUGCCCAGCCAGCCAAGGCUCCAUGCUGCAGUAACUAAAGUGAUGAACGCCCUCCCUCCAACCAACCUGUAUAGCAGUAACUAAUGCGGCUGAUGCCCUGAAUGCCACUGCAGUUACUAAUGCAAUGUGUUGUACUCUUAUCUCCAAUUCUCUGAUCGGCAAAACAAGAAAAGAUACCCCGUGCCCACCUUUUAUUUAGCAGUAGCGAAGUCAAUGCCAUUACACUGAUCCCUCAACGUGGCUCUGCUUCUUUUCCUACAUCAUGGUUCUGCUGCUGCCUGGUGAAGCCUCCUAACCAUUCUUUCUUACUCUCUGCCAUCAAAAUCUAUUAGUUAUUGCUGAUAGAUUAAUGACAGCAGAUAUUAGAGAAUAUUAGUGCACCCUGCCUUCCAUCAUCUUCCUUGCAAUGUGUAGAUAUGAGUUUCAUUUAUAGGAAGUGGUCACUUCCCCUUUCUGGGAUAGCUUAAGACUUAACUACAGCAAUUCUAAAACCAGUCUUUUGUUUUUGUUCAUUUUUGUUCAUUUUUCUGAUUAUUUUGUUAAUUAUUUUUUGCUAUAAUUUUGUCAAAAUCAUGGAUGCACAUACCUGUAUACAUGUAUGGCCUAAAAUAGAAAAACAAAAAACUGUGUUUUACCUUUUGACUGCAGUAGCACAGAAGAAAAUGUGUAUUAGAGAAGAGGAGUGUUUUCUUAUGAAUCUGAGAAAGAGGAAAGGCAGAGGCUGGUGGCAGACAGAGAGGAACUCAAAGCUUCAUGCCUCUCUUUUGUAACUGGGACCCUUUUAUCUGAAAGUUUAAAAACAUUGUGGACUGUAGUCCUUUUAGAUUUACUUUCUCUGAUUCCUUCUGCCUGUCCACUGCUAUCCACGUCCUUUCCCCUCAAAACCUUAAGUAGCACUAGUGUACAUUUUCUUCUACCACCCUAAGGCUCCAUUCUGGGGCCAUGCCUGCUUCUAGCUGUCCCUAGUGGCAUUGUGCAAUGUUUCACAGUAUUUACUCUGUGAUUUUGAGCAUCUGCAAGGACCAUUGCAGCACAGUGAUACCCCCUGCUCUACCCAGCUUUCUCCACAACAAAGUGCAGGGGCCUCUGAGAUACACAUCAGUGUCACCACCUCCCCACUUUCUGAUACAGUGUCCUUCAUAAUCUUGUGUAGACCACCCUUUGGUGGUUAUAUUAGGGUCUAUUGGGUUUCUGCCUUUGGAUGAUUUAGUUAAUGCAGAUUUUCCAUUGUGCUAAUGUCGCUGGACCGCUGCUGGGUUUGCACAUGGUAAAAAGCAAAGGUGAUGUUAGUAAGUGGGGAGUUGCAAUAUGUAAGGUUGCUUCAUGAUCACCUUUGAAUCAUAAUUAUUUGCCAUCUUCUCUUGAUUAGGAAGUGCUUUAGACACAGUCAUGUGUCAGUGUGUACAAACUGGGCCUGGGCUGUUCUGGCUGGUGACAAAUUUCAUCCAUAGACUCACUCACACGUGCCCGUUAAUGUGUGUGUAUGUUUGAACACACAUUUGCACAUAAACACAUACAUUAUAUUGACUUCUUUCCUCUGAACCCACUCAGACCUAAACAGCAUUGUACAUAAGCACACACACAUAGUCUGUUACACCACUCCGUCACCUAUGUUGGCCACAUGUGUUUUUUCCCAUCCCACUCCCACCCCCACCCCCACCCCCAAUACAUUUUUAUAUACAGACACAUGCAAGCGCACGCACACACACACACAUUCAUACAGUACAUGUGGUUAAUAACUUUUUUUUACAGGUCUGUCUUACUCAUGCCUUGCACUAAUGAUGCUCAUGAAUAUAUCUUGUCAUAAUUACAGCCAGUGUGAUAUAAAUAUAUAUAAAUAUAUAUAUAAAAAUAUAAAUAUAUAAAUAAUAUACUGUAAAUAGGGUGUUGCAGUGUAGUCUACUUUUUUUCGAUUUACCAGUGACAGGACUAAUGCUUGCUAGGGAGCUGUCUAGAUAAUCAUAAAAAAAACUGUACAGUUAGCAGAAAAAACAGCUACAAUCUGGGUUUGGAGUUUUGUUGCUGUUCCUUUUUUCACACAAAUGGUUAAAUUAUAAUCAGUGGUGGUCUUUAUAAAUGUAUGUAGUGUUAUUAACAAAAAAUAAGAAAUUGCAUUUAUUUAGUCGUCUGUCUUGUACCUUUUUCUCAGAAGAAAAACGUAAUAUCCAAAUUUUUUGGUUUCUAUUUUUUAACAUUAUCUCUUUAUUGGAGUUCACUAAUUCUUUUUUAGUGGUAUCAGGCUACGAUAUGCCUUGUCCAGUUCUCUUCCCUGUAAGUAGACCUGAACCUCCAGAGGCACUGGUUGUAAAAGCUCCAGAGGAGUCAGACACAAUACAAAAUAGUUUGAUUAACCAACUGUCUGCCCCUCCAUAACAUCUCAGUAACAUUGUGACAAUAUUGUAGCAACAGUGUAACAACUAUCAGCUGGCACUAUGGUGAUUCAUGAAUAAAUGAAUUAACACAUAAUAGGGAUGUAAAUUGUAUGUUUUUUGCCAUGAACACUUAAUUGCAGCCGAAAACAUUUAAAAGAUGCAAGCAUUUUACAGUACUGUUAUGUAAUGACCAAAUAAAUACUGAAAUAAAUUUGAUCAUUUAUUAUUGUAA